AUGACCAUGAUCGGCCUUCGUGCGGGAUAUAAAGGCUACCUGAACUCCGAUUGUUCACCAGAAGCAGCACAAUGGACCGACAGUUGCCUGUUGUUGCUUGUUGUUACAUUAUCAGGGAGAUGUGUUGUUGCUAAUACAAUGCUCCUAGAAGCAACAACACUCUCUAAUAUCCAUCUGAUCUCAUCUCAGACACACACUGAUCUCGCUCCUUGUGCUGUCACAACUGUCAUGAUCUCAAACCCGUCCACGUGCCUCCGCUCUCUCCUCUGAUUCUCUGUCUGCUCUCCGCCUUCUGCUCUGUCUUAUAUCCCUCUUAUAUCCCUCUCAUCCCCUUGCUCUGCUUAUACUCUGCUCCUCUCUACUCCUCCUCACCAUGGCUGAUCUCCAGCCAAAGACCGGCGCAGAACCUGACGAUGAAGCCAUUGUUCUCACUCCCAAACCUUCAAAGGCCCAGCGUAUCGCUUCAUAUCUCUCCAUCGUCUGUGCUGGCGCCGCCCUCAUCAGCGAUGGAUACCAGAACAACCUCAUGACCAUGACGAACGUGCUCUUCGGCAUCGAGUACCCCACCGAAUACACCUCCACCAUGUCCACCCGCGUCUCCAACGCCCUCCUCGUCGGCGAAAUCGUCGGCCAAAUCGUCAUCGGCCUCACCUGCGACUACCUCGGUCGCAAAACCGCAAUCGUCACCACAACCCUGCUCAUCGUCUUUGGCGGCAUCCUCGCCACCGCCGCCCACGGCGUCACCAUCACCGGCAUGUUUUGGAUGCUCGUCGUCUGUCGCGGCAUCGUGGGGUUCGGCACGGGAGGCGAGUACCCUGCCUCCUCGACCUCCGCCUCCGAGGCCGCAAACGAAGCCACGCUCAAGCAGCGCGGACCGAUCUUCAUCAUGGUCACGAACCUGCCUCUCUCGUUCGGCGGCCCGCUCGCGAUCUGCGUCUUCCUCAUCGUCCUCUCCGCCGCGGGCACGAACCAUCUCUCCACCGUCUGGCGCGUCUGCUUCGGUAUCGGCUGUCUCCUGCCUCUCACCGUAUUCUACUUUCGUUGGAAAAUGGCAACCUCUUUUCUCUACCAAAAAGGUGCGAUUAAGAAACGCGUGCCAUACCUGCUCGUCGCAAAAUUCUACUGGCGCUCGCUCAUCGGCACCUGCGGCGCCUGGUUCCUAUAUGACUUUGUGACCUUCCCGAACGGCGUCUUUUCCGCCACAAUCAUCUCCUCGAUCGUCCCGGAUUCAAGCACGAACCUGAAAAAGACCGGCGAAUGGCAGCUACUCCUCGGCGCGAUCGCGCUCCCGGGCGUCUUUGUCGGCGCGCUGCUGUGCAACAAGAUCGGCCGGCGCAAUACGAUGAUGAUUGGCUUCUCGGGAUACCUCAUCUUUGGUCUGAUCAUCGGCUGCUCGUUUGACAAAAUCACGAAAAUCAUCCCGCUUUUUGUCAUCUUCUACGGCCUCAUGCAGUCCUUUGGCAACCUCGGCCCGGGAAAUAUGCUCGGCUUGCUGUCCUCUGAAUCCUACGCCACCGCCGUCCGCGGCACAUGCUACGGUCUCUCUGCCGCGGUGGGCAAGGCCGGUGCCGCGAUCGGCACGCAGUGCUUCAAGCCGAUCGAAAACAACCUGGGCAAGAAAUGGACAUUCAUCAUCGCUGCCAUCUGCGGCGUCGUCGGGAUCGCAGUCACGUACUUCUUCGUGCCGCAUAUCACGGGCGAGGAUCUCAGGUUUGAGGAUCUUAGGUUUGAACGGUUCUUGCGCGAGAAUGGGUGGACUGGGUAUAUUGGUGACGAGGGGGAGUCGACUGAGGAGGUGGUGGGCGGGACGUAUGAGGCUGAUGAGAAGCAGAUCGCUGCGUUCGAGACGACUGAUUCGAAGAGCGAUUAGUUCUUCUCUUUUUUUUUUUUUUUAGUUAUCUGUUUUUUAGCUAGUAUCUCGUAAUAUCUAAUGCUUUGUCGGUGUUGUGGAGGAUCUCUAAUAAUAUAAUUGAAUUGAUUUCAACAAACUUUGUACUUC